GUCUGUUGAAUGCAUGGCAACCCUAACAAUCAGCUGUUAGUUUUUAAUUUGGUUUCCUUGGAGUGUGCGCACACUGACUCCAAUGACCAGUAAAUUGUUUUUAUUGAGAGUCUUACUAAUUUGUCUGCGAUUCUCACCCAUCCUUGCAGCUAAAGAUAUGCUGGCGUCAAUUAUAAAGCCUGGUACAUUUCGGCACAUUAUGUGCCGCAACAAUGUAUAUCCACGCAGUAAUGUAACGCGUUUCUCGGUGCCGGACGAUUUGGUUUUUUGGAAUGUUUCUUAUGAAUCGUAUUGCCCGAACUGCUACACUGCCCCUCACAUUGGCGGACAGAUCUGGGCAGAUCCACCUAUACCAGACGAAGCUAAAUGGAAUCAGAAUGACGGUGUGAUAAACCGCGUUUCUUUCCACGGUGAGUAUAAGAUACAAAAUGGCCUGCCACAAAAUCCUAUUGGUCGUACAGGACUUUGUGGGCGUGGCUUACUAGGACGUUGGGGUCCCAAUCAUGCGGCGGAUCCAAUAGUCACGCGCUGGAAACGUGAUGAUAAUGGUGAAGUUGUGCGUCAUAAGAACAGCGACAAAAGCAUACUCCAGAUGGUAGCCAUACAGCGCUCUGACAACAAGAUGUGGGCAAUUCCUGGCGGUAUGGUUGACCCGGGCGAGAAUGUCAGCGUCACUCUGAAACGAGAAUUCACCGAAGAGGCACUCAAUUUCGAUGAUAAAGGUAACAUGGUUGAAGAGUUCUUCAAGCAAAAUGGAGAACAUGUAUACAGCGGUUAUGUUGAUGACUUUCGCAAUACGGACAAUGCGUGGAUGGAGACAACAGCCCUGAAUUUCCAUGACGACGAUGGCAGCAAAGUGGGCCAGCUGCAACUAGAAGCCGGCGACGACGCCACGAAUGUGCGCUGGACAGAUAUAAGUGGAGAUCUCAAAUUACACGCUAAUCACGCAGAUAUAGUGGGAGAAGUCGUUUCCAAGCGAAAUGCACAUUGGUAGACAAUAAAAUAGCAUACUUUUAUUUU